AUGCAAUACUUCCAUGUGCGUCCUAUAAAGAAUGACGAGCCGCAGUCGACGCGUGGAGUCGAGAUGUCCAUCCUUGAAAUGAAAUUGCUUGCACUCCUGAUCUUAUUCACUGCAGUUUUAUUCCUAAGUGUUGGGUCUGUUGCUGGCUUGAAAGGAUCAGAGAAACAACGCAUCAAACGCCAGUACUACGGAUACAGCUAUCCAUCUUAUCAGUUUUACGGAUACAACUAUCCAUCUUAUCAAUCUGGCAUCAAUCCACUCGGUUUGGCAAGGCGAGCAGCUUCGAUGUUCAUCCCAUCUGGUGGAUGGUGGAAUCGUAAUCAGAAUGGUUGA